AUGCCACGGAAGCUGCCCUGGCGAGUGGUGGGAAGCGAUCUCAGCACCGAUGAAGCUGACGAGCUGCUGAGUAACAUGAAACGACAUAGCACAGGGAAGAACAACGCGAUGCCGUGUACGGCUUGUGGCGCCGGCUCGCACCACGGCAUGAGGUACAAGUUGCUGAAGUGCGAGUCGUCGACAUGCAGCGAGGUCACCUGCUCGUGGCGGGGCAAAGUCCUCGUAUGUAUGGACAGUGGCGACUCCUACAUAUACGACUUGGGGGAGCACUUCACCGCCUCCUCCUCCCCCAAGCGUGCUAGACUGUCCGGCACACAGAAAGACUUUUGCCGAGAGUUGGCUCAGCAGCGCUUGCGACCUCUCCGCAUCCAGCACGCCAUGGCUCGGAAGUUCCAGCUUCCUGCGGAUUACCUUUCUCCCUUGGCCAAAGUCCAGAACUUCUGCAACCACUACUCCAGGAGAGAGCUGGAUAAUUACGCCCGGCUGGACGACCUAACCGAAUGGAUCCACAGCCGGACAUACACUUGGAGUGAGGGCGAGCACGACGUGUUCACGUUUGCCUGGGACAUGGACCAGAAGGGCAAGCCUAUCGUCGGCGACGGCUCCGACGAGGAGCCAUUCGUGGUUGGCCUAACUACGAAGGCGCUGGUGCGCAGGCUGACGUUGCCCCCCCCCUCCCCCGAGCGCUACAUCCUACACAUGGACGCUACGUUCAAACUCAACACGUCCGAGUAUCCAAGGCUGCAGCCCAUAUAUGAGAGCUGUCUUGCAGCUCUCAGCCGUGUCUUCUCGUGGAUCACCCAGCUGAGGCUCAUGCCACGAUUCGUUAUGGGAGACGCUGAGCAAGGCCAGAGGAAUGCUGUGUUCUCUGUGUUCCAGAACAACCCCAGCACGGAAUACCUCAUGUGCUUCUACCACGUCAUGACCAACGUGGAAAAGCGUUUGAAAGAAUUCCCCUCGCACGUGGCUUCUGCUAUAGUUGGAGGGCUAUACGAUUUACACUUCGCGCGGGACCAGAUCGCUUUUUCAUGUCUGCGGGACCAGCUUUUAUCGACCUGGAAGAUGUACCCGGAGCUCUGCUUCUCAACGCCUAGUGGCUUUGCUACUACUAAUAAUCCCGUUGAGCAGUUUAACAAGGUGCUCAAACGGGAUUAUACGCUGCGUCGGCGCUUGAAAAUGGGUACUCUACUGAAGGAGCUUCGUGGCUGCUGCAUGCACGAACCAAGCAGGCAGCGUCCCUUUUGCAUGGAGCCCGAGGCCGCCCCAACUUUGACCCGUCGGGUCGUGGAGCUCGGCGUCAUGCACAUCUUCGGCUAUCCUGCGAAGCGCAUCGUUGUAGAAGGCGCGAAGAGAUCGACGGAGGAGGAGAUGUGCCUCUGCAACUACUGCUUCAAGUUCGGUGCAUGCGUUCAUCUCGUCUACGCGCUGAGGGCAACCGAUCGCAUGGAUGGAGCAGGGCGACGUAUCCUCGUAAGCCGCCGCAUGGGGCAUAAGCGUAGCGAGGACGGCAUCGCGACUCUCGGAGGAAUGCCCCGGGCCAUCGGGCCAGCCCUGUCAGUGGAUUGA